CGAAUCCGAACCAAACAAGACGGGAAGAAGCCAAGUAGCACGACACAGAGGAGAGAGAUCUCUUCUCGUCGAUCUGCCAUUCAAAAUUUCCUUCGAAACACGGCACGGGGACUCUCGUCAGAAGCGGAGCGCGUAAAGGAGCGAUCUUGGGAUGGCGAGUUGGGUCCUCUCUUCCGAACGCUUCGUCUUCAGGCCCCUCCCCGCCGUCUUCUCUCGCCCCGAAUCCGGUCUCCGAUCUCCCGCCAGUCUCAAGCCUUUGAGGAGCGGCUGCAACCGCGGUGGAGGACUCGAUCUCUGCCGCCCCGUCGGGCUCGGCGGCCGGAGGGAAUGGCGGCUCGGUGUCAGCGCGCCGGCGAGGAUGGCGCCCUUCGCGGACGAGAUGAAGGACGGGGAGGGGAAGGGAGAGAGGGUGGCGAGCGGGUGUGACGGGGAGGAGGAGGUUUUUGAUCCUGCGAUGCCGCCGCCGUUCGGACUGGCGGAGAUCCGGGCCGCCAUUCCGAAGCACUGCUGGCAGAAGGACCCAUGGAGGUCGAUGAGCUACGUGGUCCGGGACGUCGUCGCUGUGUUUGGGCUCGCCGCGGCUGCUGCGUUCCUCGAUAACUGGAUCGCGUGGCCUCUCUAUUGGGUUGCGCAGGGGACCAUGUUCUGGGCUCUCUUCGUUCUCGGCCAUGACUGUGGACAUGGGAGCUUUUCGAACAAUUCGAAGCUGAACAGUGUUGUUGGCCAUUUACUCCAUUCCUCCAUUCUUGUGCCAUACCAUGGAUGGAGGAUUAGUCACAGGACACACCACCAGAACCAUGGACACGCCGAGAAUGACGAAUCAUGGCACCCGUUGUCUGAAAAGUUAUAUAAGAGUUUGGAUUCUCUAACUCAGAAGCUUCGGUUCACGAUGCCAUAUCCUCUGUUUGCUUUCCCCUUGUAUCUGUGGGCAAGGAGUCCAGGAAAGACUGGUACACACUUCCAUCCAAGCAGUGAUCUGUUCCUUCCCAAUGAAAAGAAGGAUGUGAUUACAUCGACAGCUUGCUGGAUUACUAUGGUGGGGGUGCUUGCAGGAUUGGCUUGCCUAAUGGGUCCUCUUCAGGUGCUCAAGCUUUAUGGAAUUCCAUAUUUGAUUUUUGUUAUGUGGUUGGAUCUUGUCACAUACUUGCAUCACCAUGGACACAACGAGAAGCUUCCCUGGUAUCGUGGAAAGGAAUGGAGUUAUCUUCGAGGAGGCUUGACGACAGUAGAUAGAGACUACGGAUGGAUUAACGACAUCCACCAUGAUAUUGGUACUCAUGUGAUACAUCACCUCUUCCCGCAGAUACCACAUUACCAUCUAGUGGAAGCCACCGAGGCAGCAAAACCAGUGCUUGGAAAAUACUACAGGGAACCAGUCAAGUCUGGACCUCUGCCGCUUCAUAUAUUUGGAAUUUUAGCAAAAAGUCUCGCACGCAAUCAUUACGUUUCUGAUACCGGAGAUGUCGUGUACUAUCAGUCCGAUGAUAGAUUGAGUGAUGCUCCGAAAACCAAAUCACAUUGAAACAUCAACAUGCAAUAAGGAUAUCAGGGGACUGACUGCUACUUGGCAGCUGAUACAGCCCGAACGUUUCACCAGAGACAGAAUUUUGUGCAUGGCUUCCUCCCUUCACCACAAUCAAUUCUUUCUACUCUAGAUUCAUGCAAGAGAUGCAUCUUAUCUUGGAAGGAGCUAGUAAUAAAAUUUGUCCUGGUUAGUAGUGGAUAGUAUAUAUAUGUGUACACAAAUUUGUAUAUGUUAUGCUGCAAGAAAUCACAAGCAUAACUUUUUUUUAGUUUUAAAAUAAAAAUUGUUAAUGUUACUAGAAAAUUACAAGCAGUAUCGGUGCACUACUCAUCAUACUAUGAGACUGACGAUAAAUUUAGAGAUUGAUAGCAUUCUUUGUCGAUUGAA